AUGAUCUCCAUGGAAGUUUCAAAUGAAACCAGAGUGAGAGGUUUUAUUUUUAAAGGGCUGGCAAAUAAUCAAAUAGAAGGCGUCUCCUUUUUCACAUUUUUUCUGCUUGUGUAUGUGAUAACAAUUGUGGGGAACAGCGGCAUGGUGGCUCUGGUCUGUAUCACUCCUCAUCUCCACACUCCCAUGUACUACUUCCUUGGUUUUCUCUCCAUGGUGGACCUCUGCUACUCCUCUGUCAUUACCCCUAAAAUGCUGGCGGACCUUGUUUCCAGAAUAAAAUCAAUAUCAUUUAUUGGUUGUGCUCUUCAGUUCUUCUUCUUUGCGGCUUUGGUUGCAACGGAGUCUAUUCUUCUCUCGUGCAUGUCGUAUGAUCGAUACAUGGCCAUAUGUCACCCCCUCUACUAUACUUUAAUCAUGACAGAGAAAAGAUGCAUUGGGCUAAUCCUCAUUGCCUCGUCUAUUGGAUUCUCUCAGUCGUCUCUACAGACUGUUUGUAUAUUCAGCCUGAGGUAUUGUGGAUGGAACCAUAUAGACCAUUUUUAUUGUGAGGGUCCACCUUUACUAAAGCUCUCCUGUUCAGACACUUUUUCUUGUGACUUGUUAAGCAUGUUCUUCUUUUGCUCUUUUGGCAUGGCUUCCAUGAUGAUAAUUGUUACAUCUUAUUUAUUAAUAGCCUCAUCCAUCUUGAGGAUGAACUCUACUACUGGCAGGAGGAAAGCAUUUAGCACUUGUUCUUCUCACCUUACAUGUGUCUGUAUCUUCUAUGGGACAACACUGUUUAUCUACCUGCGCUCUCCUUCCAGUAGUUUUGAUAAACAAGACAAGGUGGCCUCUCUCUUCUACACAGUGGUCAUUCCAAUGAUGAAUCCCCUUAUAUAUAGUCUAAGGAACCAUGAGGCUAAAACAGCAAUUCGGCAGGUU